AUGUCCCUGGUGGUGAAGGAGAAGAACCACGUCCGGCUGGUUUUCCUGGGAGCUGCCGGCGUGGGCAAGACAUCGCUCAUCCGCCGCUUCCUGAUGGACACCUUCGAGCCCAAGCACCGGCGCACGGUGGAGGAGCUGCACAGCAAGGAGUAUGAGGUGUGUGGGGCCACGGUCAAGGUGGAGAUCCUGGACACCAGCGGCAGCUACUCCUUCCCAGCCAUGAGGAAGCUCUCGAUCCAGAACAGCGACGCCUUCGCCCUGGUCUACGCCGUGGAUGACGCCGAGUCCUUCGAGAGCGUCAAGAGCCUGCGGGAGGAGAUCCUGGAGGUGAAGGAGGACAAGUUCCCUCCCAUCGUGGUGGUGGGCAACAAGGCGGAGAGCGGCGGCGAGCGGCAGGUGCCGGUGGAGGACGCGCUGUCGCUGGUGGAGCUGGACUGGAACAGCCGCUUCGUGGAGACGUCGGCCAAGGACAACGAGAACGUGCUGGAGGUGUUCAGGGAGCUGCUGCAGCAAGCCAACCUGCCCAGCAGGCUCAGCCCCGCGCUCUGCAAGAGGAGGGAGACGCUGCCCAAGGAGCGGGCGCUCAGGCCGCCCAUGAACAAGACCAACAGCUGCUCCGUGUGCUGA